AUGGCAACACUGGGAGAUAUUGGAGUAGCGGCGGCAAUCAACAUACUCACAGCCAUCAUCUUCCUUUUGGCAUUUGCAAUCUUGAGGAUCCAACCAUUCAACGAUAGGGUUUAUUUCCCUAAUUGGUAUCUGAAAGGUAUUCGAAGCAGUCCUCUGCAUUCAGGUGCUCUUGUGAGCAAGUUUGUGAAUCUAGACUUAGGCUCGUAUCUACGGUUCUUGAACUGGAGGCCCGCGGCUCUGAGGAUGCCUGAGCCAGAGCUUAUUCAUCAUGCCGGGUUAGAUUCUGCGGUGUACUUGAGGAUUCACUUGACAGGGCUUAAGAUCUUUGUACCGAUAGCAUUACUUGCGUGGUCGAUUCUUGUACCUGUAAAUUGGACAAGCGAUGGGCUGCAACUAGCAAAGCUACGUAAUGUAACAUCUAGUGAUAUUGAUAAGUUAUCUAUCUCAAAUAUGGAAGGAGGAUCAGACAGGUUUUGGACUCACCUAGUGAUGGCUUACGUUUUCACAUUCUGGACUUGUUAUGUUCUAAUGAAAGAGUAUGAGAAAGUAGCUUCUAUGCGUUUGUCAUUUCUCCAAACCGAGCAGAAUGUAAGUAAGUUCACUGCUGUUGCUGCUAGAAGACUCUUGUCGACUUGA